CACCUGUCAUACGCGGUUACGUCCCCUUCGCCCCCCGUUUGGGCUCCAGAAGCUUCCCCUUCCGUCUCCAUAUCUUCUUCUUGGUCCGCCGUCUCCACUCCGCGUUCCCUGGCUCCCUGCGUUGCGUCUUGGGGGAGAGAGAGAAGUGGGAGACCCGCGAGAGGCUGCCGUGUAGGGACUAGGGACCGUAGAGUAAGCGACAGCGAAGGAGGGAGAGGGGGAUGGCCGGGAUCGGGCCGAUCAGGCAGGACUGGGAGCCGGUGGUUGUGCGGAAGAAGGCACCCACCGCCGCUGCCAAGAAGGAUGAGAAGGCCGUCAACGCCGCGCGCCGCUCCGGCGCGGAGAUCGAGACCAUGAAGAAGUUCAACGCUGGUAUGAACAAGGCGGCGUCCAGCGGCACAUCCCUCAACACCAAGCGCCUCGACGACGACACAGAGAACCUCGCCCAUGAGCGAGUUCCAAGUGACCUGAAGAAAAAUCUCAUGCAAGCAAGGCUCGAUAAGAAGUUGACCCAGGCACAGCUUGCUCAGAUGAUCAAUGAGAAGCCACAGGUGAUCCAGGAGUAUGAGUCAGGCAAGGCAAUUCCCAACCAGCAGAUCAUUGGCAAGCUCGAGAGGGCCCUGGGAACGAAGCUGCGUGGCAAGAAAUAACCAGGAGCAUCAUAGCGAAGACAAGGCAAACUGUCUGCUUAUUAUUUGCUAUGUUUGGUAUCUCAAGUCAUGCGGACUGUUUGUGUUGGUACAAGAGUGAAUUAACUGUGUUCUCCUGAAUGCUUGCUGCUUGUCAUAUGAGUAUAUGAUCUAGCUCUAAAAAAAUUGUGAUGAAGAUGUCAACUGAUAUGACAACCUCAUAACCAGCGUGAUCAAGAUGAUGCUCAUUACUGCA